UUAAAACAAAAGUUUGCAUACAAAAAAAAAAAAGAUCACCAACUGAGAAGUCAGUAGUACCAGUCAUUAUUACAAAUUUCAAACGUCAAAGAACAAACUUAUUUAUUAAGUUCACUAUAUAAAUACAUAGACAAUGGAUUUAACCAUAGGAGAAAGAUAUCGACUAGCCAUUAAUCGAUUUAGAAGUCUUAGAAAUUUACCAAUAAGAAAGGAUUCUACUGAAUUCCAAACUAAAUUACUUUCAUUACUUAAAGAAUUUCAACUUAUAAAAUUGAUUAUUAAUCAAUUGGCACUCUUUAGUGAAAAUGAAUCGAUUAAAGAAGUAAAUACCAAUUAUAUUCCAUUCUUUAAUGUUGAUUUUUAUAUUGGUAAUUUAUUCCAAGAUAGUUUUGUAAAUAAUUCUAUACCAAAUAUAAUUGAUCCAUUAGAAUAUAAAGUUGAAAAUUUGAAGUCUGCGAAACAAAGUUUGGUAGAUUAUUUACAAUUACUUGAAAGUUAUAAAAUAUUGAGUAAACAUCAAGAAUUAAAGUUGGGUGCGUAUUCAAAUGACAAGAGAGCAAAUAUUAUGGAUAUACCGUCUUCAAAUCCUGUUUCUAAACGUCAAGAAAAGAUUGAGAAUUUUAAAUUAGAACAAGAAUUGAAAAAGAAAUUAACUAUAUUAGAUGAAUAUUAUGAUAAAGCUGAUAAAGUAGAAGAAAAAGAAAAACAAGAAGAAGAUUCAAUAUUUGAAAAAUUCGAUGAAGAUAUAGUUAAACAAAUUUAUUUAGAUCAAAUAACUUUAUUUACUAUACAUGCAUUUAAUAAUCUUGAAUCAAUAACUAUGGAACUUGGUGUUUUACUGAAUAGGAAACCUUCAUUACCAAAACCUCAUAAUGAACAACAACAAAAAUCGCGAUCAGAUAAAAAUGAUGAUGAUGAUGAAUUUGGGUUUACUACUAGAUUAGAAACAGUACCAUUUUCAAAACCUGACAUUAAUCAACUUAUUUCCAAACAGGGGAAAAUCCUUCAACCAUUUACUAUUACAUCUAAUCGUCAAAAACUUAAGGAUAAAGUAUUUGGUACGGGUCAAGUCUUACCUUCAAUGACCGUAGAAGAAUAUUUAGAUUAUGAAUUAGCUAAUGGGAAAAUGAUGAAAGAAGAAGUUAAAGAUUCUAAUAAAAAUGAUGAUGAUACCGAUAAUUCUGAUGAUGAAUUAGAGAAACGAAGAUGGGAUGAUUGGAAAGACGAUCACCCGAAGGGGGCAGGAAAUAUGAAGGCCAAUAUAGGUUAAAUAUGUAUGUAUAUAUGUAUAUAUAUAUAUAUAGUAAU